GAACGCCCAGAUCUCAACGGGGCGUCGACGGCUACGAGGGCGAUAAGGAAAGCCACGGCGGUGGCCACCGCAGGCGCGGGCACAGCAGUAAAACAACGGAGAGAGCCGAACGCGGUGAUCCUUCCGGUGUGGCCGAUAAGGCCGAAACGGUCGAAGCCGCUGCCCGGGAUAACACGAGGGUUACGACCGUGAAAACGUCUCACGUGGAUGGAUUACCCUCUCCAAAAUACGGGGUGACCAGCACCGCAGAAACAAACCCGAAGGUUGGUAUCGCGGGGGUCAGUUCGAAAGAAGAAGCCGAAACGGUGCCGACCA